GAAAGAAAGGAAUUAAUAUCAUAUUUAAACAAAAAAGAUGAAGGUAAAUAAGGAUUUGGAAUAUUUAUUAGGAUAUGAUUUUAAUAGAGAUAGAGUAUGAUAAAGGAUAUUAAUAAAUUACUGUAGGGAAUUUACAGUUAAAAACCCAAGGACCAGAAGUCAGAGAUGCAAUCAAUUAAAAAAAAAAAAAACCUUUGUAACUGAGCAACUUCUCAAGGACAGUCUUUGCAUCUAGCACAAAAAAAAUAUUGCCAACACACACACAUUUAUCUGUACUUCAAGGUUACCUAACUCUGGGGGAAAUCUUAUCAGUAUAUGGUUUGUUACAUGCACAAUAUGCAGUCCUCAUCUUUAGAGAUACAGAAUAAAGCAGGAUUCUUUAAUGUGUAUAAUGCAGAUAAAAUAAUAUCACAGCUGUCUUGAUCACUCAUUGUUCACAUAGAUGGGAGGUCACCCUGACUUCCUAACAUGACCCUUUGACUGGGAAAAUAAUAGAUCUCAGCAUGUAAAGGAUACUGUCACACAUUUCAUUCUUGCUACAAUGGAAUCUAUAUUAAAUAAUAUAGUAAUCAUCAAACAAUCUAGGAGGUAAAAUACUGAUUAAUCAUCAAACAAUCUAGGAGCUCAAAUACUGAUUAAUAACUUGAUUAAUAAUCACAAAAGAGAUAAUAUAAUAGAUUUUAUUAUGAAGGCCACGGUAGAUUGACAUCCACUCCUUUAAUACAUAUAUACUAGUAGAUUAAGUGAAAGGAUAAUUAUUUAAUUAGUAAUAUUUGUGUGGAUACAUGUGUAAGAACAGGAAAAGCAAAAACAAGGAGAAAUCGAUUAUAAAUAAACCAUGACUGCAUAACAGCAAAAGUAGGUGGCGAUAUUAUCCACACAGGAGGAUGCAACGCGCCAAAAAAAAGGGAAGAAGAAGAAGAAGAAGCCACGUGGUUUCUAAUAGGUGAUUUAAACGGUCAGUGUGUGUAAAUUACGUAUAUUUUAGGGUUAAAAUGAGUUCUCAAACAGGAAAUGUUUCCCGAUCGCGAGGCCAAAAACACCAGAAUGUAACUGCCUUCAAAAAUGACAAGUAUGGAGCAAGUGCACAAGUUAAGAAAGCCAAAUCAAAGGUUCACGAUGGUCUGUGCCAGCACUGCAAAGAUGUGCUAGAGUGGAAAGUAAAGUACAACAAAUACAAGCCCCUUACACAGCCACGAAAAUGUGUUAAGUGUCUUCAGAAAACAGUGAAGGAUGCCUAUCAUAUCAUAUGCAAGCCAUGUGCACUAAAGCUGGAGCUUUGUGCAAAAUGUGGGAAGAAGGAAGAGAUUGUCAUUCCACUUGACAAGAAGGAAGAAGAGGUAGAGGAUACCAGCCAGCCAAAUAAAGAGAAGAGACAGAAAAAAAGAGACCAGGAGGAGGAGGAUGAUGACGGAGAUUUUGAUGACCUGGGCUUUAGCAAUGAUGACUAUGAUAGUGAUUCUUGACUGUGAUUCUGUAAUAGCGUUUGGUCUUGUACUGAAUCGUGUUCUGUGUCAGUGUCAUACACUUGCUUGGGCAUUUGUUGUGAUAAACAGGAAAGUGUGUCCAAGCGCCAACAAGACACAGUGCAAAGAUGUACUCUUUGAGACAAGCAGUCAGUCAGCAGAAGUUAAAAGCAGGUCAUAAGUGUAUCUAUUUCUUGUCCCAGUGUUUAGCUCAGUUGUCGUUGUUAGGAAACGCUUGUUUUGUUUACUGUGUGGAGAUGUGCUGAAAUCACGUUUAGUUUCGUACUGUAUCACGUACCUUGUCAGUGGCAUGCGCUUGCCUAGCUUGGGCAUUUGUUGUGAUAAACAGGAAAGUGUGUCCAGCUAAAUUCAAUUUGAGUUUUGUUAGACGAAUAUAAAAAGUUUAGUAUACCUCGGCAGCCCUCGUGUGGAGACCAUCGACUGUACCGUUCGUCUCCGCAGAGCAUGGACACCGGCAAGAGACAAGUAUCACUUUUGAAUCAUUCUCUUUCCUACUAUUUGUUUCCCUUCUGUUUUCAGUUUUUAUAACCAAUUCUAACUAUGUGUUUCCAGAUCUCUACUAUCACUAUUACUAGUCAUUCAAGACUAAACCUCAUGGCCCUGACAGAGACCUGGAUCAAACCAGAGGACACUGUUACUCUUCCAGCACUCUUCAAUAAUUUCUCUUUUAUCACAAAAUCCCACUGACCUUUUAACCUGUUAAUGUAUAUCGAUCACUCCUCUCUUCAUUCUCUGCUAAUGUCUCCACUGCUAAAAGGACAUACUAUCACAACAAAAUCAACAAUUCACCUAACUCUUGCAUUCUUUUUUAAAACAUUUUCCUCCCUCCUUUGUCCUUCUCCCCCUCCUUCAUCAACUCUAGCAGUUAACCACUUUCCCACAUUCUUCAUUAAUAAAAUUACAUACCUCAGUGAACAAUUUGCCACACAUCAAACUGUCAAACACAUCUUGCCAUCAAACAUAAAUUAUUCAUCGUUCUCUCUCUAAGGUAGAAGUAUCUAAACUCAUCCUUUCCAAUCAUCCUACUACUUGUCUGUUUGAACCUAUUUCAUCUCAUCUCCUUCAAGCCAUUUCUCAUGCCUGAACUCGUGCUGGUGUUUUUCCCUCAACACUUAAAAAGGCUUGUAUAACCCCACUUCUUAAGAAAUCUCUUUUAGACAACUACAGAUCUCCCUUCUACAUUUCAUUGCAAAAACACUUGAAUGAGUUGUGUUCAACCAGGUCUCUGCCUUUCUCACAUGGAACAACCUCCUAGACCGCAACCAAUAUGGCUACAGAAGUGGAUAUUUGACCCAGAUUCUCCUGUCAACCCUAUUGGAAAAUGUCAUUUCAGGAACCAGACACCAGUUGUUAGAGUCCUACCUCUCAGAUUGGUCCUUCAAGGUUACUUGGAGAUGUGAGGUGUCCAAGUUCAAACAUUUAGCUACUAGGGUGUCUCAGGGCUCAGUUCUUGACCACUUCUCUUCUCUGUCUACAUGACAUCACUAGGUUCUGUCAUUUAGAAAUAUGGCUUUUCAUAUCACUGCUAUGCUGAUGACACUCAACUCUACCUCUCAAUCCAUCCUGAUGGUUUGACGAUAGUUGCUUGCGUUUCAUCAUGUCUAACAGACAUUACUUGUUUGAUAACGGACCAUCACCUUCUAUUCAACCUGAUAAAACUGCUUGUCAUCACUUUCACUGCUUGAAAUCACCAUCACUUUAUAAAAAUUUCACCAUCCAGUUAGGCUCAUCAACCAUAACUUCUUCAAAAACAGCUAGAAACCUUGGAGUUGUGAUUGAUGAUAAGCUAAAUUCCUCAGACCACAUUGCUAAAACGGCCCGGUCCUGCAGAUUUACUUUAUACAACAUUAGGAAGAUCAGGCCCUUUCUUUUAGAACAUGCUACACAACUCCUUGUUCAAGCUCUUGUUCUAUCCAGGCUGGACUGUUGAAAUGCUCUCUUGGCAGGUCUUCCAGCCACUUCUAUAAAACCUCUACAAUUAAUCUAAAAUCCAAAAAGUCUGUUCAUCAAUUUGCAUUGGCUACCAGUAGCUGCUUGCGUAAAAUUCUGCUGAAACACAUGUCCAUUAAAUAAACGACCUCCAAGAAAAUGUUGUGUUGUCUGUUUAGAAAAUAAUGAAUUACACUGAAUGUUAAAUCUACACCUGCACUGUUGCGUUUUCUGUCCUGGUGACUGUGAUUUUCAUCUUUUUUAAACAGAUUUUGUUAGAAACGUAGACUUUGCAUUUAAUAAGUGGCUGAAGAAACACAGGGAACCCACUUUAUAUUAACAAAGCAUUAUUAACUACUAUGUAGUAACACUUAAAUUCAAAAUAAUUUGAUGCAGUGCCCUUAUUG